CGCCUUACAAGCUGAACCGCACCCAAAGGGUGAAGGAGCAGAAGGACGGCGACACGAAGUACCCGUGCAACAGGUCUGCUGUCGAGGACCGCGUGGAGCCCGGUGAACAAUUACCACAGCCUGCCGAUGGACGAUCUCCUGCUGAAGGACGCCGGCUACAGCGACCCGUACUAUUACCAGGGCGUGGCGAUCGACCCGAACAAGAAGCAGCUGUUCACCUGCAGCAUCUGCGGCAGGUCCUACUCGUGGAUGUACAGCCUGCGCCGGCAUCUGCUGCAGUGCGGCAACAAGGAAGCGAGGAACAAGUGCCAGUUCUGCGCGAAGAAGUUCUACCGGCGCGACAGGCUCAAGGAGCACUUGCUGGCGCAUCACUCGGAUCUGAUCUGAGCCGGCCGAUUGAUCCCUCGACGUUGAUCCAUCGAUCGUGGACCACGCGCGAAAAGAGACGCGGAACCCGCGCGAUUCGCCGUGAAACCGAAUCCUGGAAACUUUGCACUCGGACUGUCGCAGAUUUUGCGGAAAUCUCGAUCACGUUUCACGGAGUCAGAAUCGAGAUAGCAUACAGGGUUCCUCGGAUAAUUUGAAGCAACUUUUUCCUUUGCGAAAAUGUUCUACGAGGCACCGUUAACGAGUUAUCAACGAAAAAG